AUGGCAUUUGCGCAUCAUAGGUGGAUGUACAAUAGGAAUCAUCCUAAUCGUGUGGGGUUAAGGGAUGAAUUUAAAGAAGGGGUUGCUGGAUUUAUUGCUAAGGCAAGGACACUUGAUAAUUUUUGUAUUGAAGGAACGAUUAGAUACCCUUGUGUGAAAUGCAAGUGUGUUAAGCUAUUGGGAGAAGAUAUUGUUACAUGUCAUCUUUUUAAAAAGGAAUUUAUGAAAAAUUAUUAUGUAUGGAUUGCUCAUGGGGAGAAUCUUGAUAGCGUAAAUGAUGGUGAUUUUCAUAAUUUUUUUGGUGGUGAGGAGGGUAGUCCUGUAGUGGAUAAUAAUGUCAAAAAUUCUAGAUUCAAUGACAUGAUGAGGGAUGUCUUUGAGAUGUUCCUGGGAGCUCAAUCUGAAACAAAUGAUGAGCCUAAGAAGUUUUUCAAAGAGUUAGAGGAAGCUAGUUGUCCGUUGUAUGAAGGGUCAAUGCAUUCCAAGUUGUCUGUUGUUGUUCGAUUACUUCAGAUUAAGUCGGAUAGUUCUAUUUCUCAAUCGAGCAUGAAUUUUAUCAUUGGGCUUAUGAAUGAACUUAAUCAGUGUAACAUUAACCUACUCAAAGAUUUCUACACGGCAAAAAAAUUAGUUUUCAAGUUGGGUCUUUCAUCAGAGAGGAUUCAUUACUAUGAGAAUGGUUGCAUGUUAUUCUAUAAGGAUGAUGCAUCUCUAGAUAACUGCAAAUUUUGUAACAAGCCUCAUUACAAGGAUGCCGCAAAUGAUAAAAAGAAGAAGACCCCGAUGAAGGCGAUGCACUACUUACCCCUUAUACCAAGGUUAAAGAGGUUGUAUGCAUCAAUGAGCUCCGCUCCUCAUAUGAGAUGGCAUUAUGAGCAUAGAAGACUAGAUAGUGUUCUAUGGCAUCCUUCAAAUGGAGAAGCAUGA